AUGACGGCGUCCGCGCCCGCCUCCGCGGACGCGACGCGCGGGUUCGCCGCGCUCGGCUCGCGCCGCGCCGCGGACGAGCGACGCAUGGCGAUGUCCGCGGCGGCGUACGCGCGAGAGCACGAUCUCGAUCUCUUCGUCGUGGAAGCGCUGAAGCACGUCGCGCGAUGCUCCGCGGCCGCCAACGACGCGGGCGCCCUCAAGCCCCGGUCGUCCUCCGCGUCGAUACACGACGAGCCGAGUCCCGGCGCGCACAUCGAGCUCGCGGCGGAGUACUUCCACGCCGUCGCGGUCGGGAGGCACGUCCACGGGCGCGAGUGGGACUUCGUCGAGGCGUCCGCGCGAAACAAGUGCGCGUUCGUCAACGCGUUCAAACGCGUCGCGUCCGGCGCGGCGAGGCUGGGGACGCGCAUGAAGCGCGAGGACUGGCACGCGAUGGCGACGCUGACGUGCGCGGACGUGCCGCCCGAGGUCACGCGCGCGGUGUUCGAGACCGCGGCGAUGUUCGACGAGGACGGCGACGACGACCGCGGCGACCGCGGCGACCGCGACGGCGACGGCGACCGCGGCGGCGGCGGCGGCGGCGCGGUGGAGCUCGCGUUCGAGCCCGUGUUCGCCGCGCUCAAGGCGUACAUGCUCGGCGCGCACGGCGACGCGGAGGAGAUCAUGCGCGCGCACGACGAGCGCGUGAGGAAAGCGGCGGCGGCGGCGGAGGCGGCGGCGAGGGAGCGCGAGCGCGCGCUCGGGGACGGCGACGACGACGACGACGACGACGACGACGACGACGACGGGCGAGCGGCGGCGAACAGAGAGCGGCGGACGCCGCGGGGGCGGGGAAGCAGAGCGAAGGCGCACUCGCGGGGGGGGAGCAGGCGCGCGGGGGGGGCGCGGGGUGACGAUAGAUAG